CGCUUGUGCUUGCAGAACUAUUUUGCUGAUGCAUGGAACACGUUUGACGCCUUAAUUGUUGUGGGUAGCGUGGUUGACAUUGCCAUCACUGAGAUCAAUUCGGCAGCCAUCCCUGUUGUCAAGGUGAUAGAGGAUCCAGGGAAUACAGAGGACAGUGCUCGCAUCUCCAUCACCUUCUUCCGCCUGUUCAGGGUGAUGCGGCUGGUCAAACUCCUGAGCAGAGGGGAGGGAAUCAGGACUCUGCUGUGGACCUUCAUCAAGUCUUUCCAGGCUCUUCCCUAUGUUGCCCUCUUGAUAGCUAUGCUGUUCUUCAUCUAUGCUGUAAUCGGGAUGCAGGUGUUUGGAAAAAUAGCAAUGGUGGACGGAACCCAUAUCAACCGCAACAACAAUUUCCAAACCUUUCCUCAAGCGGUUCUGAUGCUGUUCAGGUGUGCCACGGGGGAGGCGUGGCAGGAGAUCAUGCUGGCCUGUUUGCCAGGGAAGCUGUGCGACUCAGAGUCAGACUACAACCCGGGAGAGGAGAAAACCUGCGGCAGCAACUUUGCUAUAAUUUACUUUAUCAGCUUUUACAUGCUCUGCGCUUUCCUGAUCAUCAACCUGUUUGUUGCUGUCAUUAUGGAUAACUUUGAUUACCUGACUCGUGAUUGGUCCAUUCUUGGCCCUCACCACCUGGAUGAGUUUAAAAGGAUAUGGUCUGAAUAUGAUCCUGAAGCCAAGGGCAGGAUAAAACAUCUGGAUGUGGUCACACUGUUGAGGAGGAUCCAGCCUCCGUUGGGCUUUGGCAAGCUCUGCCCUCACAGAGUCGCCUGUAAGCGACUGGUGGCAAUGAACAUGCCCCUCAACAGUGAUGGGACCGUAAUGUUUAAUGCCACCUUGUUUGCUUUAGUCCGCACCGCUCUUAAGAUCAAGACUGAUGGUAACUUGGAGCAAGCCAAUGAGGAGCUGAGAGCUGUAAUCAAGAAAAUCUGGAAGAGGACCAGCAUGAAGUUGUUGGAUCAAGUAGUGCCUCCUGCAGGCGAUGACGAGGUAACAGUGGGGAAGUUCUAUGCCACCUUCCUGAUACAGGACUACUUCAGAAAGUUCAAGAGGCGCAAAGAGCAAGGUCUGGUGGGAAGGAGGUCUUGGGAGAACACCACCUUGGCUUUACAGGCUGGCCUGCGCACGCUGCAUGACAUUGGACCAGAAAUUUGCAGAGCCAUAUCAUGUGAUCUACAGGAGGAGGGGCUUGUAGAUGGAACUGGAGAGGAAGAAGAGGAAAUAUUUCGGCGCAACGGUGGCCUUUUUGGGAAUCACGUUAACCACGUUGGUAUGGAUUACGGCCAACCCACUACUGUCACGCAGCGCCCCCUACAGAUCCUACCCGUCUACUGCACUCCUUCCAUCGCGCCCACUCAGAUAUGCAGGAGGGCCAGCAGCAGCGACAAGGAAGGAGAGAUGGAGACGAACUCCUCCCCCAUCCACUGUAAUCAUCAUCAUCAUCAUUCCCCUCAUCUGUAUGAUUACUGUAACUCAACCUAUCCUCAGUCUCCAAUACCCUCCAAUGCCAACCUCAACAAUGCCAAUGUGCCCUCGCUUCUCUCAAUGACCUCUGGGAGACAGCAGAAGAGUUUAUUACAGAGAUGUCGUCCGUCUUCAGCAAGAAAUAAAUCAUCAACGACUUACAGCAGGGGAUUGCACAAUAAGCCAUGGAAGUCACACUCCACAAGAACACGCUACUACGAGACCUAUAUUAGGUCAAAAAAUGGUGGAGUACUUCACCCAACCGUUCGACAAGAGGAGCCAGGGGGCAGGGACAGCGAUGAAGAGCGGGCCUCCGGGGAAUACUUCAGUGGGGAGGAGUUUCAUGAAGAUGACAUCAUGCUCACCAAGGAGAGGUUGUCCAAGACAGACCUCCGUGGCGCUGCAGAGGGAGAUUUUGACCCUUUCAGCGAUGACUGUCAGUCUGAAGGUUACUGUGACGAUGACAAACAGCCUAUAUGCCAAGAUGACCGGCGGUCGCCCAGGAGAUGGUUUUUACCCUCCCCUCAAGCCUGCAACACACCAACGUUCAGCUUUGAGUGUCUUCGCAGAAGAACUAGUGUAGAUGAAGCUCCUCCACCAUCUCCAUCAUGCACGGCUCUUCCACUGCACCUGAUGCAGCAACAGGUGAUGGCUGUAGCCGGGCUGGAUUCCUCCAGGAUUGCCCGUCUGUCUCCUACGAGGUCACUACGCUCGUGGGCCACACCUCCCGCAUCCCCCAUCAGCUGUGACUGCUCGCCCUGCUACACCCCACUCAUACAGGUGGACUGGCGGAGUACUGGCAGCGUGGGCAGCCUUCCCGGGGCCAUGAAGAGGAGUUCUUGGUACACCGACGGCCAGGAUGGCCUGCCCAGCCGCAGCCACUCACCGUCACGGUUGCAGCUACCCGCAGAGAACCGCUCACACUUCCUGCAAAAGAGAGGCAGCGCCAACAGUUUGGUGGAAGCUGUGCUGAUCUCUGAAGGUCUGGGGAAAUACGCCAGGGAUCCCAAGUUUGUGACAGCAGCCACACAUGAGAUCGCGGACGCCUGCGAGAUGACCAUCGACGAGAUGGAGAGCGCCGCCAGCAAUCUGCUGAAUGGGAGCAUGGGUAACGGCAACGCGGCUGGGACAGGCGACGCCGGCUCAGAGUCACAGGCCGACACGCACACAAGGGACUACAGCGACGAAGAGCCAUACGUGGUGGUGAAGUGCGAGGAGGACCUAGCGGAUGAGAUGAUAUGCAUCACUUCUCUAUAGCAGCGGUUCACUGCAGAUUAAAUAUAGUCUGAUUAAUGUACAGGACUCUCUCAACACGCCCUGCAGAAGACAGACAAUUACAAACAGGGGUAAAUGGGAGAGCAAAGUGCCUUGUUUUCUUUUUCUGCUUAGUGGAUGAAUGCUAAGAAGAACACAUGGUUCCGUUUAUAGAAAAAAAACUGUGCUAUAGUUGAAACCAGGAGACAUGAGUCUACAUGCCCACUACUUUGAAGGCAGGCCAGUCAUUAAUGUUCAUUUUCUAUUUUUCCUAACUAUUAACGUCAGCUUGAUAAAGCUCGAAAGAUGUUGGGUUGGGGGUGGGGGGGACGUAAGGCUUUAAACAAACAAGGCCAUAAAUACUACGCUGUUUACUCCACACGAAGAGCCAAUAAAACAAUAAAUGUGCCACCAUUAACCACCUGCAGACUCCAGCAUAAACGGCGACAGGCUUCUCAGAAACUAUUCUUGUGUAAAUAAUUUCAGAAGAUUAAACAUUUUCAAUCCUUUCUGCCUGGUUUCCCUAAUUGGGCCUUUGGUUUUCCAAAGAUUCCAAAACUUCCCGAAAUUAGGUGCGUUUAUGUGUAUAUAACGUGUGAUUUUACCCUUUAUUGGUCAAACUUGAUGG